CUAAGCCCUUGAACUCUUAUAUAUAUGUGUGUGUUCAUAUAUGUUGUGUAGUCCUCAGAAGCCAAGCAAUUCUUCACAUAUCAUAAUGGCCGCUUCUUCUUCUUCUUCUUCUUUAUAUGUUUUUGUUAUGUCGUUAUUAGCUUUACAGCUUGUGCUUUUCACGGGGAGGUCCUCUGCACAACUGUCAAAAAAUUAUUACUCUAAAAGUUGUCCAAAAGUUUUUAGCACUGUAGAAUCUGUUGUUAAAUCAGCUGUGUCCAAAGAGCGAAGAAUGGGUGCUUCUCUGGUCCGCCUGUUUUUCCACGACUGCUUUGUUAAGGGUUGUGAUGGGUCGCUACUUCUGGAUGACACUGGCUCUUUUCAAGGAGAGAAAACCGCCGGUCCCAACGCCGGGUCUGUCAGGGGCUUUGAAGUAAUUGACAAAAUCAAGUCCAAGGUCGAGCAACUUUGCCCCAAAGUGGUUUCGUGUGCUGACAUCUUAGCUAUUGCUGCCAGAGACUCCGUUGUCAUCCUUGGAGGUCCUGAUUGGGAUGUUAAACUCGGAAGAAGAGACUCCAAGACAGCCAGUCUUUCUGCUGCCAAUAGUGGUAUUAUCCCUCCUCCAACUUCCACCCUUGCCAAUCUCAUCAAUAGAUUCCAAGCUAAAGGUCUAUCCGCUAGAGACAUGGUAGCCCUAUCAGGAGCUCACACAAUCGGGCAAGCAAGGUGCACUCUGUUUAGGGGUCGGAUAUACAACGAGACCAAUAUUGAUGCUUCUUUUGCUAAGACAAGGCAAGCAAGCUGCCCGAGGACUAGUGGCUCCGGAGACAACAAUUUGGCACCCUUGGACGUUCAAACUCCCAAUGCUUUUGAAAACAACUACUACAAGAACCUCAUCAAGCAAAAGGGCCUUCUUCACUCUGACCAAGUGCUCUUUAAUGGUGGAUCCACAGAUUCUUUGGUUAAGACAUAUAGCACCAAUCCUAAGGCAUUUGAGUCCGACUUCGUCACCGCUAUGAUCAAGAUGGGAGAUAUUACCCCUCUCACCGGAUCAAAUGGCCAGAUCAGAAUCAACUGCAGGAAACCCAACUAGACAAUAAGAAACAGGGCGGUGAAACAUAUACGAUUGAUUUUAACCUCUGCAAUUAUGUUUUGAUUAUGUAUGUUUUGAUUGUUGAAAUGAAUAAGACGCAACAAAUCAUGUUUGAUCUUGUGUCAUUGUUAGACAGUUUAGCUUCCAAGCUUCAUCUAUGGCGGUUUUGGGUUCUUUCGGGUUGA